GCCGGUGCUGAGCGUGUGCCAGGCAGCCGAGAGCUCCAUGACGGGUCCCCGCUGAGGCCCGGCCGGGCGGCGCGCGAAACCAGAGGCGGCAGUUGCAGGAGGAGGAGGAGGAAAAGGAGGAGGAGCGGGAGGCCGAGCGAGCGGGCGGCGGGCCGGCCGGGCCGAGAGACAGAGGGAAAGAAGGCAGAGAGGCAGGCAGGCAGGCAGGCCGGCGGGACCCCGCGAUGACCCAGCAAGGGGCGGCCCUGCAGAGCUACAACAACGAGCUGGUCAAAUGUAUUGAAGAUCUCUGCCUCAAGAGAGAUGAAUUGAACAAGCAGAUCCGGCUGGAAGAAGAGGAGAAGACAAAACUACAGAAUGACAUCCGCAUGCUGACAGAGAGAUUAGCCCGCAUUAAUGAGAGCUUAGCCCGCAAGAUGGCCUCCAAGAAUGAGUUUGAUAAAACCAUUGCUGAGACAGAAGCUGCUUACAUGAAGAUCUUGGAAAGCUCUCAGACGCUGCUCAACGUCCUCAGAAAGGAAGCAGGGAAUCUCAGCAAAGCCACAGAGUCAAAAGGCCCCACACUUAAAGACAGCUAAGCGCUUGGGCUUGAAUUACCGUGUCAUUGGUUGGCAAGGGGAGUUCCAGGUUAUACAAGGACUGUUUAAUUUAUAGAUAGAACAAUGUAUAAUAAAGUGUUUUCUUACAA